AUGGCCACCGCCGAAGGCGACGCCGACUGGUCCCUGCCCUCCCCCGCCGACCACGAAGACAACGGAUUCCCGGCUCUACCCUCCUCCCCCGCCGCCUCUAGCAGCGGCUUCGCGGAGGACUUCUACCGCAGCGGCACCGAGUGGUCCUCCCUGCGCGCCCCUCCGCCGCUGCGGCCGCCAGGAGGGCCACCCGGUGUGAAGGAGAAGGAGAGGGGAGGCGGCUCGCUCGUGCAGAGCAGCCUCUUCCAGGCUUGGGGGAUCGAGAAGCCACGGCGGGAGGCUGGGGAUUCAUCGCUUGUGCAGAGGAGCCUCUUCCAGGCGUGGGGGAUCGAAAGGCCACGGACGGAGGGGCUCAGGGCUGGGGAUUCCUCCCCAUCCCCCUCUCUUUCCGGUUCUUGGUUGGGAAGGAAGCGGAGGCGAGGAGGAACCGAGGAGGCGGGGGUGGCGGCCAAGAAGCCCCUUGCGUGCCCCUUCUACAAGAAGAUUCCCGGCACACCAUUCACGGUGGAUGCAUUUCGGUAUGGACAAGUUGAGGGAUGCUCGGCCUAUUUCCUUAGCCACUUUCAUCAUGACCACUAUGGUGGAUUGACCAAGAAAUGGUGUCCUGGCCCCAUCUAUUGUUCUGCACUCACUGCACGCUUAGUGAAGAUGUGCUUGUCAGUAAAUUCCGAGUUCCCACCCCAGGAGGAUGUUAUUGAUUUUGUUGUGAGGACAGCUCGAAGAUAUCUAAAGAAGCAGCCAAAACCCCUCAUUGUUGUUGGGGCAUAUAGCAUUGGGAAAGAGAAUGUGUAUCUAGCAAUUUCCCAUGAUUUAGAGGUCCCUAUAUACACUGAUGCAUCGAGGAGGCGGAUUCUUCACUCAUUUGGCUGGCCAGACUUAUCCAAAAGGAUAUGUUCAUGCAAUCAAAGUUCACCACUUCAUGUUCUUCCCCUUGGAUCUGUAAAUCAUGAGAACUUGAAGAUGUACAUGGAGACUCUUAAUGGAAGAUUUCUAGCUGUGCUGGCUUUCCGUCCUACAGGUUGGACUUUCUCUGAGGCAACUGGAAAACAACUUGACCUAAUAAAGCCAUGCUCUAAUGGCAGUGUAACAAUCUAUGGUGUGCCUUAUAGCGAGCAUUCAAGUUUCACUGAGCUUAGGGAUUUUGUGAUGUUUCUGAGACCUCAAAAGGUAAUUCCUACUGUUAAUGUUGGCAAUCCGACAAGCCGAGAUAAAAUGCAAGCACAUUUCCGGGAAUGGCUGAAGAGCCAGCACUAA